UCUCAAGAUACUUCUAAAAAUAUACCAAUUACUGUUACUGUCACAUGACCACAACGAGAGCUGGACAAAAUGGCAGGCAGUAGGAUCGAGAAAGUCGGCAAUGUAUAUACAAGAAUGAGAGGAAUGUUACUGUCUAAAACAUUUAAGGUUAAAGAUGAACCACCUUGGUUUGCUGUUUGGGAACAUUUUCCUCCUGCAAGGGAUCCAAAAUGGAGCAAGCGAACAGGGGAUAGAAAAUAUGUGCCAAGAAUAUUUUAUAAAGAAGAUGUUAUACGAGCGCAAUUUUACAACACAUUUAAGCAAGAUGAGCCAUUAGAUUUAACAGAAGAUGGGAAUCUAUUGCCAUGCGAUGUAUUUGUGAAAAAGUUUCAUGAAGUCCUUGAGUCAGGUGUAACACCUAAAGAGGUAUUUGCUGCCACAGAAGAAGCACUGAAAUCAGAAGGAAUGGUUCUGAAUAGAAAAUCUGUUGAAAUUAAAAAGGGCCCUAUAGAGGAGGCAUUGACUAGGAUACCCGGUAAAACAUUGGGAAGGAGUUAGAUCUGAAGCUGAUAAAACAAGUCACAACGAAUAAUUGACACUCUGCUGUCAUCAUGUCUCUAAGAUGUGAAGAAAAUCACGUUUGAACAUGUGGCAUAUGGGCUCUUUGAAAAUGUACUAGAGAGGCCAACCCGUAAGUGAUGCAUGUGAAGUCGACUGAGCACUUCAUUUCAUUUUUGAAAAUGUGUGGAACCUGGACCAACAGUUAUAGUGAUGAACCUGUUGUGAUCCAAUCAAAUUCUAAUGUGACUAUGAGUGGAAUAGGUUUGGGACUGGCUAUCAUCACAGCUUCAAGGGCCAGUCAUCCCUGUCAACAGAAAAUGGGAUAGCAAAAUGGCAUGGUGAGGCUUGGAAGAACCAUGUGCAUUGGAUCUAUGCCAGUUUGUUAUAAGUACCAUAGCAGUGCGAAGAUUAUGUGUUAAAUUGGUUACAGCUUAAAAGAAACAAUAUUGCUAAUGAAUUUAUGACAGAUAUGAUAUGUUUUAGAUUGCUAUUUCUGGUGGUGGUUCAACAACAGUACACUGCCAUUGCAAAAAAAUAAUUUAAUAGUUGUGUUUUUUCAGUUUUCAUGAAUACACAGGUCUGUUUCUUAAGUUGUGCCAACAUUUUUCAUAGUAAUUAAAAUGCUUCUUGUGACAUAAAGUAUUUUAAUGUUAUUUUAAAAAUCAGUGUUAUUCUUUUCUUUUAAUUUAUUUAUCACUGACAUAAAAGUAUAAAUAACUUUAAAUUUAACUUUAUAGAAUGUUUAAUACUUGCUCUAGUAAAUCACCAAUUCUAAAUGACUGGAAAAAAUGUAGUUUAGAAAUAGUUCAAAAUUACUAAAGUAGGAACCUUAAAACUGGUGCCAACAUUGAGGACAUGAAAUUGGCAUGUUUUCAGUAAAGAGAUGGUGGAUAAAAAGAUUAAAAGCCACAAAUCAAA